CCGACCAAUUAAAAAAAAUUAGCACAAUAGAUCACCUACCUUUCUCACCCUUCAUCCAACGGCGCCAGCACGCACGAGCAGUGCGCCGCCAUCCGUUGCGCCGUCGUACGCAGCCAGCUGGAGCGCCGCUUCCCGCCAGCCAGCCGGAGCGCCGCCGCCCGCGAGAGUCCCGCCCCCGGCGUGUAUCAGAACCCCCCCCCCCUCCCCGGCGCCGCGCAGCAGAGCUCCGUGGCCCCCGCCCUCGCCGAGCAGCAGAGGGCCGCCUCCAGCCAGCUCGCCGGCUAUGGCUGCCGCUGGAGAUCCACCACCUCCUAUUUAUGCUGAGGGUGCUGCAAGGACAAGAGGAGAAAUAUCUCCACAUUUCCAGACAUAUGCAAGGGACGACGAUGCAAAACUUGAGACCACACGUGCAAGGCUGUCAAAUAUCCUCAAAAGGCAUGAAGAUCUGAAAGAGCGCCUUUCACGGGAUUCUGAUAAGCUCAUUUUUGAGCGCCUACAGAAAGAAUUUGAGGCUGCACGGGCUGCUCAAACCGAAGAGAUAUCAAUAAAUGAUGAUGAGUGGAAUGAUGGUUUACUGGCAACCAUCCGUGAGAAGGUUCAUAUGGAGGCUGAUAGGAAGGCCAUGUCCAACCAAGUAAAUGUUCCAGCAGAUCUUUCAUUUCAAUCAAGGACUACAUAUAGGAUUAGAAAUAAGGUAGCAUGUGCUCCCCAGAUCAUUGCCUUUUUCAUAGCUUUGUACCUGGUUAUAUAUUGCUUGGAUGGAGCUAGGAUUGGCAUACAGUAUGAGACAUUCUUUGCUGGAGAGCCUUGUGAAAUUUUUCAUUGUGUUUUGGAAAGCAAGUCAUUCCUGGAAAAGAUGAUUAUGAUUGAACACACCUUACCUUUCUUUCUGCCUGUACGUGAAUUAGAAAGUGAUCUGUUGUCAUCUAAUUCAAUUAAAUUCAUUGAUCAUCUUGAAGAAAUUUUACAGGCUUAUAUUGACAGGAGAGAGCAGGUUCGUCUUAUCAAGGAGCUCUACGGGAACCAAAUUGGCGAGCUGUUCCAUAGUCUUCCUUAUAAUAUGAUAGAGUUUGUAUUGGAGGAUUUUGAGUGCAAGGUUACAAUCAGUAUCCGAUAUUCGGAUCUACUGCAGACCCUGCCGAGUCAGGCAAGGGUCUUGGCUUGGCCACUUCGCUCGGCCAAGAAAAUAUCUACAAGAAGCAGCAGUGCAUCAGCUGCGCAACCAGUACCCUUUCACCUUUCAUAUGCCGAGGAAGCACUCAAAACCUUGUGUCUACCAGAAGCAUACGCAGACAUUGUGCUGGAGCUACCCCAUGCUUUGAAGAGGAUUUUAUCCUCUCGGGACAGUGACUAAAUCGUGACCUCAAGAUGUCCAGUUUUGUUGUGCAUAAGAUUCACAUCUCAAUCGUGGGGCAUGUUUUUGAAGAUAUUGUUCAGAAUCUUGUGGUAGUAUAGCCUGCAGUUGUGGACUGCAAUUCCUGUGAAAGCAAGGCAGACAUUUGCGUGGGCCGCUCGAAAUAUUCCGGCUACAGUUCCUGUUAAAAGAAUCAAAAUCCUAGGAAGGCCUUAUGGUCGAGGCAUAAUCUUGCCAACUGCUGUCCUUGUCCUUGAUGUGUGCUCCUUUUUUUUCUCCACUCUGGCUAUGUUUGUUUCCUUUUAGAAUUAUACUAGCGCGUUACGCGCGCCUGCACGCGCGUGUUGACAAACCUAUUUUAUUUCAAAUAUCAAGUAUCUAAGAAGACAUGCUAAAAUUUCAA